UAACUCAAUGAACUGUGAUGGUCUUGCCAUUUUGUCCCAUGAUGCUUAGAGGGUUUGACAAACAGCACUGUCGCCUUGCUGUUCACUCUGUACGAGAUGCUGAAAAUGAAUGCAGACAAGUGGAUUUUCUCUUUAGCCGUGUGCUUCACGUGUGUGUCUUCAAAUGACUUGCAGCACUAUAAUAAUUCUUGCGAGCAGUAUCUGGGUUUUUGUCCGAAAGAGCACAAGCUCAGCGCUCCACUUGGCUCGUCUGUGCUUCUCCCAUGCAACUUUAGAAACAAUGGCAAGAACUGGGUCUCAUGGACUCACGCUUCUGGAGUGGACCUGGUCAAUCUUACAUCUGGAGGACGUAUUGAGUUCCUGCACCCCAGAAGGGGCCGGGUGAAAGCUUUUCCAAACCAGGGCUCAAAAGGAAAUUAUUCCAUCAGAAUUGAUGAACUUGAGGACUCAGACCUGGGGUGCUAUCGCUGUAUGGAUGAAAAAGACUGUCUUCAAGUGGAGUUGGUUUCUGCAACGGUAUACCAUGCAGAUACACUAAGAGAAGACAUGUGGCUACUGAUUUACAUCUGUGUUGGUGUUGCUGCUCCCGUCCUGCUGAUUGUCUGCAGCUACUGUGAGUAUCUGCCCAGUCACACAUUGUCAGGCUAUCACUGCAAGUUGUUAGAACAAAGGUGUUGUUGCUGUGCUGGAUGGAUGAAUGAAUCGGUUUUCAUUUCAGUGCUCUAUACUAUCAGAACAAAGAACAAUACCAGCUGUCCUGUCAGUGUGGUUAUUAAUGAAGGCGUCCAUGCUCCAACUGUGGAAACAGGCAUUGUGCCAGUACACGAACAGGACGGAGGAAUAGACAACUAUAAUCUUGUUUACGAGAAUGAUGACCAAGGCCCUGCCAAACAGCAGAGUGACCCCACCAGAAACCCUUGUAGUCUGCCAGGAGUUCCUCACCAUCUGAACAGGACUCAGGCCUCUCAAAGCACCUGUGAGAAUUUUCCAAACUUCAACCAAUUUAACCUUGAAAGGGCGGAAAGUCAGACAAGAGCACAGAGAUUCCACAGAGAACUCUUCAACAGAUUACGACAAGCAAGUUUCAGUCGACAUUAUUAUGCUAACCAGCGUGAACUCAGCCAGCAACAAGCUGUGUCAGCUCAGGCGGAGCGUCAUCCCAGAGUGUGCUGUGUUGUGUUGUGUUGCGUUCUGUUUUGCAACAGGUUUAAGGAAGAAGAAAGCCAAACAAAAUGAAGAAUACAAAAACCCAAUUUACAACAGAGGCACCGACCAGCUCAACUAUUGGUAGAGAACAAAGAGUUUUCACUAUCAACAUCCCUUCACAAUGACUGUGAUUAAUCAUUUUCCUGCUUAAUGUGUGGUCUUUGGUAAAGUUCAUGAAAUAUAGAUUAUCACAUACAAAAAACUCAACAGAUUUGUUGCAUGUUUCACAAUAAAAAACCUAUCAGUUAUGAAGCUCAUUGUAGUGGAUAUAUAUAUAUA